AUGGUUUAAUAACCACAUACAUGCUUCGCGGCUAUAAGAUGAACCAUCGGAGGUCGACCAUCCAACAAACAGCAUAGCAUCAUGAAGAAGCUCGCAUUUUUCUUGAUUCUGUACUCAAAUUUCACAUUCACACAAUCAGCAAAACUCGAUAAGCAAGAAGUGAAGGUACUCGCACAAAUUUGGGGAAAGUUAGGGCUAACGGAGAAGAGGCGAUGGGAUUUUGAGGAGGAUCCGUGCAGUGGCCAGGGGGAGUGGCAGUUCUCUGUUCGAUGUGACUGCUCCUUCAAUAAAAAUUCCACCUGCCGUGUUACUGCAAUAUACAUAAUAUCCGAGAAUGUUUCAACUGCUCUCCCAGUGGAGUUUACCAAGCUCCUGAAGCUGGAAGUCUUGGAUGUAGGGCAGAACUACCUCAAAGGAACUAUACCAUCUGAAUGGGCUACCAUGCGCCUAAUCACAUUAACCCUCGAGGACAACCGGUUAUCUGGACCAUUUCCAACCACUCUUACCUCGAUAACCUCCCUUCAGUAUUUGAACAUACGUGGAAAUGACUUUUCAGGCCUCAUACCUGAACAUAUCUCAAAACUGAACAAUUUGGAGAGACUUUUUUUAUCUUCAAAUAAGUUCAGAGGGCUCUCCGUUGCAAUUGAAAACCUUACCAACUUGAAUGAUCUGCGGAUAAGUGACAACAAUUUCACUGGAAAGAUACCCAGCUUUAUUAGCAGGUGGACACAAAUUACGAAAUUGGAACUACUAGGUUCUUCAUUCGAGGGGCCCAUUCCUUCUAGUAUCUCUCUCUUAACACAAUUGGAUAAUCUGAAAAUAAGUGACCUAAAAGUACAAAGGUCUACCUUUCCAUCAGUAGAGAAAAUGACAGAACUACGUACAUUGAUCCUCAGGAAUUGUUUGAUCCAUGGGACAAUUCCUAACUAUAUUGGGAAUUUGAGACAUCUUCAUGUUCUAAUCCUCUUUGGAGUUGCGUGCCUAGAGUGAUGAUGAUUGGAAUGAUGAUCGUAAUGUUCCCAAAUCCACCACUAGUUUUUUGUAUUUUCCUUGUAGAUUCAUUAAUCUCAUGUAAAUGUAAGAACAUGAUGUUAUUUGGAGAUUUGAGAUCUUCUACUGAGACCGAGUAUCGUGCUAUGGCUGUUACUAGAUGUGAUA